CGGUACUAGCUUGCUAGUAUAUAAAUAGUAUCACUAAACCAAUCAAAAAUGAUAUCCCAGGAAUCAAAACUCUUAAACACAAUGGGCUCUUCUUCUCCACUAACAAGGAGAAACAGAGCACCCUCCUCUGUAUUCUCUCUGUUUCUUUUCUUCCUCUGUUUACUAGAUUCAUCAAACGCUCAGUCCACGCCAGUUUUCGCCUGCGACGUCGCCGGAAACCCAUCUCUCGCCGCUUAUGGGUUCUGCAACACCGCUAUAAAGAUCGAAUACCGAGUCGCUGAUCUGGUCGCGAGGCUCACGUUGCAAGAAAAGAUCGGGGUUUUAACGAGUAAACUUCACGGCGUGACACGGCUUGGGAUUCCGACGUAUGAAUGGUGGUCCGAAGCACUUCACGGCGUUUCUUAUGUCGGACCCGGCACGCAUUUCUCCGGCCAAGUUCCCGGCGCUACGAGUUUUCCUCAGGUUAUACUCACCGCUGCUUCUUUCAACGUAUCUCUGUUUCAAGCCAUUGGCAAGGUUGUCUCGACGGAAGCGAGGGCAAUGUACAACGUUGGAUUAGCCGGGCUAACGUACUGGUCACCGAAUGUUAAUAUAUUCCGAGAUCCGAGAUGGGGAAGAGGACAAGAGACUCCUGGAGAAGAUCCAUUGCUUUCUAGCAAGUAUGCUACAGGAUACGUUAAGGGUCUUCAAGAAACUGACAGCAGCGAUGCUAACCGCCUCAAAGUAGCCGCAUGCUGCAAACACUACACCGCUUACGACGUUGAUAACUGGAAAGGCGUAGAACGUUACAGUUUUAACGCCGUGGUGAAUCAACAGGAUCUGGAUGAUACAUAUCAACCACCGUUCAAGAGUUGCGUAGUUGAUGGGAAUGUGGCGAGUGUUAUGUGUUCUUACAAUAAAGUUAACGGUAAACCGACAUGUGCUGAUCCAGAUCUCCUCUCUGGUGUUAUCCGUGGUGAAUGGAAGUUAAACGGGUACAUUGUUUCGGACUGUGACUCGGUAGAUGUGUUGUAUAAGAACCAGCACUAUACCAAAACUCCAGAAGAAGCUGCAGCUAUAUCUAUCAAUGCAGGUUUGGACUUGAACUGUGGUUACUUCUUGGGUGACCAUACAGAGGCAGCGGUUAAAGCCGGUUUGGUAAACGAAGCAGCUAUCGACAAAGCGAUCUCGAACAACUUCUUGACCCUUAUGCGAUUAGGAUUCUUCGACGGAGAUCCAAAGAAACAGAUCUACGGAGGGUUAGGUCCUAAAGACGUUUGCACGCCCGCGAACCAAGAGCUAGCCGCAGAAGCAGCAAGACAAGGCAUUGUACUACUGAAAAACACUGGUUCCUUACCGCUUUCUCCUAAAGCGAUCAAAACGCUAGCCGUGAUUGGACCAAACGCGAACGUCACGAAAACAAUGAUCGGAAACUACGAAGGCACGCCGUGUAAGUACACAACACCGCUUCAGGGCUUAGCCGGGACGGUAUCGACAACGUAUCUACCAGGCUGCUCUAAUGUAGCAUGCGCGGUGGCGGAUGUAGCUGGGGCCACGAAGCUAGCAGCUUCUGCUGACGCGACGGUGCUUGUGAUAGGUGCAGACCAGUCUAUCGAGGCAGAGAGCCGCGACAGAGUCGAUCUGAAUCUUCCCGGACAACAGCAAGAUCUCGUGACACAAGUGGCUAAGGCAGCGAAAGGACCGGUCUUUCUCGUUAUCAUGUCUGGUGGAGGUUUCGACAUUACGUUCGCUAAGAACGACGCGAAGAUCGCCGGGAUCUUGUGGGUUGGUUAUCCCGGAGAAGCUGGUGGUAUCGCCAUCGCUGACGUCAUCUUCGGCCGUUAUAAUCCAAGUGGAAGAUUGCCGAUGACGUGGUAUCCACAAUCCUACGUGGAGAAAGUUCCGAUGACGAAUAUGAACAUGAGACCCGAUAAUUCAAACGGGUAUCCGGGUCGGACUUACCGGUUCUACACCGGAGAGACGGUAUACGCCUUCGGCGAUGGACUCAGCUACACCAAGUUCAGUCACAGUUUAGUCAAAGCUCCACGGCUAGUUUCUCUCAGUCUUGAAGAGAAUCACGUUUGCCGAUCAUCCGAAUGUCAAUCGCUGAAGGCGAUCGGACCGCAUUGUGAUAACGUUGUCUCCGGUACGGGAAGAACGGCGUUUGAGGUUCAAAUUAAGGUACAGAACGGUGGAGAUAGAGAAGGUAUUCACACGGUGUUUUUAUUCACGACGCCGCCAGCGGUUCACGGAUCGCCGAGGAAGCAUCUUUUAGGAUUUGAGAAGAUUCGUUUGGGGAAGAUGGAAGAAGCGGUGGUUAAGUUUAAGGUUGAUGUCUGUAAAGAUUUAAGCGUUGUUGAUGAAGUUGGGAAGAGGAAGAUUGGUUUGGGUCAGCAUCUUCUUCAUGUGGGCGACGUGAAACAUUCUUUGAGUAUUAGAAUCUGAGUCCAAAACGAUUCUAAUUUUUUUUUAAAGGAAAAAUGUAAACUUAUAAAUAUGCUUAUUGAAUAUUGGUAAGCAUAUUAGAAAGGAAAACGAAUAAAAAGGUAAUUGUGAAUCUCUUAUUUUCAAUUAUUUAAUAAAAGUAAUCGAAAAUAUUUUCUUCGUA